AUGCCGCCGCGCUACGACGGCACGGCGGACCCGUCAUCUUUCCUGCUGGCAAACAAGGAGGCCAUCCUCGAGGCUCGGGCGACGAUAAGUCCAAACCCUAGCCCGCUCCCCUCGCGCUGCCGGACAUGUCCGCUCCCGCGCCGGACAAAUCCUGCCGCCGCCCGCGGCCACUCAGGCGUCGCCACGUCACCCUGCCGGCCUCCUCUCUCCUCCCGCGCCGCGGCGCACGGAGCCCAUACGGGGCCCGCGCGCGAGCCCGACCGCGCCGCCGCCCGGCCCAAGUGCGGCCCGCCUGCGCGCCUCGUGCCCGCCGCCGAGGAGCUCCGCCGCCUCGCGUCCUCCCGCCGCCGAUCGAACCCUGCCGCCUCCCGCCGGUGA